ACCAAUGUCUUGUUGUCGUUUCUGCCCCUUCUGUGGUCUAGGCGAGCGGCGCUGGUAACAGCUAGCAAUAAAAGGCUUCCCAUCCCUCCUUCAUUCCUGCCAUCUCCCUUUUUCGGCUUCAUCCAUCUCUCGUCCACUGACGAAUCGACUACUGCUCGCCCAUCUAAAUCAGAGCCUCCAUCGUCAAGGCUUUUGCGAGAAGACCUCUCAUCUGCAUCUCCCACAAAGGGCAUCGAUACGUUCUCCAGCCCAAGCAGGCCACCACACCUCAACUCAUCGCGACCUGAUCAACAGGAAGCGUCUGCAGACCACCACACCAAACCCAACGCAACCCACACACCACCAUGCCCGUCCGCAUCCCCAAAGCCAGGGCAAGCGAGGUCCUCUGCUUCGGCGCCGCCGGCGUGGGCACCCUGGCCCCGCUCUACAUGAUGCUGCCCGGCGCCAAGGAGCGCAUCGCGUCGCAGACGGUCCGCUGGGCCCCCCGCUGGGAGCGCAACAUCGGCUACUUCGUGCCAUCCAUGGAGCGCGGCAUCAACCGCGUCAAGCCCCCCGUCGAGCGCACCGUCCAGCGCAUCGAGCAGCGCCUGCCGCUCGAGCGGUUCGCAAAGAACGUCGAUUCGAGGAUCAAGAGGGGCAUCGACCGCUGGCAGCCCAAGCCUCCCCCGGCACAGUAGGGCUCGGGCAUCGCACCCUUCCUCACAGUCUCGGUUUUUAUCACCAGCAACUACACCCACAUACAAAUACACAUACACAUAGAACAGAGCAUGUCGUGGGGUUCGGAGACUGCCUUCUCCCCCCGGCCAACUGUUGCGUGGAUUGGCGCCCAGACCCUGAGAUGGUGGCGUCAGUGCCUCGACAUUUCCGCAGGCGCUUUUAGUUUCGGCGUUGUGUUUUCUAUUCUGACAACUUGACUGUACUCGUUGUCUGCCCCCCUGCAUCUCUGGCUAGUCCCGACCGCGAGAUAUGCCUGGGACCUCGGAAGAGACCGGAUCGUGUCUGUAAUUGAUACAUAGCCCCAGUAAAUACCACCAAAGUUAGACCACAUGGCCCCCAUAUAUCGUUUGCGCCGCGCCUCGUCCAGGACGAGGCCCCAUAUCAUGUCUUGAUUGCCUUUCAUGUCCUCACCGGCCACCCUCAUGCAACU